UCGCUCCUCUACCUCCAAUCCUCCCUCUCACUCUCCUUUCAUCCCUCUCCUCUCCUGGCUCCUCUCCUCUCCUCUCCUCUCCUCUUCAUGCAGUGUCCGUUCAUUGAUGAAUACAUCCUGGUUCUACACAAUAAGAUCAGGACUAAAUGUGUAGAGUUCCCAGAGUUGUAAGUCUCUCUCUCUUUUUCUCUCUCUCUCUCUCUCUCUCUCUCUCUCUCUCUCUCUCUCUCUCUCUCUCUAUUUCUCUCUCUCUCUCUCUAUCUCUCUCUCUCUCUCUCUCUUUCUCUCUCUCUUCCCAUCCCCCCAUCGUCUCUUCCUCCUCUUCUUUAUUAAAUGAGACACUUGAUGUUCCAGCCCCCGCCACCCCAGAGCUGAAACCGAUGCUGCCAACUUAGCUGUUGCUCAGCGGCAAAGCACAUGAAGACUACACACACAAAGCACAGAUCAUAAUAAUAAGCCAUUUAGCAGACGCUUUUAUCCAAAGCGACUUACAGUCAUGUGCGCAUAAAUUUUUACGUAUGGGUGGUCCCGGGGGAUCGAACCCACUACCCUGGCGUUACAAGCGCCAUGCUCUACCAAUUGAGCUACAGAGGACCACAUGAAGACUACACACACAAAGCACAUGCCUAGGAGAAUCUCUCUUACACACACACCCUUCAAAAUAAUUAUGGUGAUGUUCCCAGUGAUUGUCAACUGAAUGUGAAUUCAAAAACAGCCCCUCUAUAGCCAAAACGAAGUGUCAGUAGUGCUUGCCUGCAGACACACUUUCAGGGAAACAUAGUCAAAUGUUCUCAGAACCUCCCUGCAACCUAAAAAUGAACGUUCCCAGAACAGGCAAAACUUUCACUUCCGUUCUCAGGACGUUUCAAAAAACGUUCAGUUUUACCUGUCUGGAAACUAAUGGCUUCGUUCCCAGAACCAAUGGGAAACCAAAAACGUAUGUUCCCACAACUUCCAAGGAACCAAAUGUGCUAGCUGGGUUGGCCGUUCUGUGUGUGAAGAUACACAACAAGGCCAAAAGUAUGUGGAUACCUGCUCUUCGAACAUCUCAUUCCAAAAUCAUGGGUAUUAAUAUGGAGUUGGUCCCACAUUUGCUGCUAUAACAGCCUCCACUCUUCUGGGAAGGAUUUCCACUAGAUGUUGGAACAUUGCUGCAGGGACUUGCUUCCAUUCAGCCACAAGAGCAUUAAUGAGGUCAGGCACUGAUGUUGGGCGAUUAGGCCUGGCUCGCAGUCUGCGUUCCAAUUCAUCCCAAAGGUGUUCGAUGGGGUUGAGGUCAGGGCUCUGUGCAGGCCAGUCAAGUUCUUCCACACCGGUCUCGACAAACCAUUUCUGUAUGGACCUGGCUUUGUGCAGGGGGUAUUGUCAUGCUGAAACAGGAAAGGGCCUUCCCCAAACGGUUGCCACAAAGUUGAAAGCCCAGAAUCGUCUAGAACGUCAUUGUAUGCUGUGGCAUUAAGAUUUCCAUUCCCUGGAACUAAGGGGCCUAGCCCGAAACAUGAAAAACAGCCCCAGACCAUUAUUCCUCCUCCACCAAACUUUACAGUUGGCACUAUGCAUUGGGGCAGGUAGCGUUCUCCUGGCAUCCGUCAAACCCAGAUUCGUCCGUCGGACUGCCAGAUGGUGAAGCGUGAUUCAUCACUCCAGAGAACACAUUUCCACUGUUCCAGAGUCCAAUGGCGGCGAGCUUUACACCACUGCGACCGACGCUUGGCAUUGCGCAUGGUGAUCUUAGGCUUGUGUGCCGCUGCUCGGCCAUGGAAACCCAUUUCAUGAAGCUCCCAACGAACAGUAAUUUUGCUGACGUCGCUUCCAGAGGCAGUUUGGAACUCGGUAGUGAGUGUUGCAACUCGGCGUCCCUGUUCUGUGAGCUUGUAGCGCCUACCACUUUGCGGCUGAGCCGUUGUUGCUCCUAGACGUUUCCACUUCACAAGCUGUAGCAAGGCAGAAAUCUGACUAACUGACUUGUUGGAAAGGUGGGCAUCCUAUGACGGUGCCGUGUUGAAAGUCACUGAGCUCUUCAGUAUGGGCCAUUCUACUGCCAAGGUUUGUCUAUGGAGAUUGCAUGGCUGUGUGCUCGAUUAUAUACACCUGCCAGCAACGGGUGUGGCUGAAAUAGCCGAAUCCACUUAUUUGAAGACGUGUCCACAUACUUUUGGUGAUGUAGUGUAUCAUGAUGCUCCACCCUCCUCCUGACACUUCAACUCCCUCAACUAGCCGGUGACCCCGCACAUUGACUCUGCAACGGUACCCCCCCUGUAUAUAUAGCCUCCCUACUGUCACUUUAUUUUACUUCUGCUCUUUUUUUUCUCAACACUUUUUUUGUUGUUGUUUUAUUUGUACUUUUUUUGUUUAAAAUAAAUGCACUGUUGGUUAAGGGCUGUAAGUAAGCAUUUCACUGUAAUGUCUGCACCUGUUGUAUUCGGCGCAUGUGACCAAUAAAAUUUGAUUUGAUUUGAUCACUUAAUGAUUACAUCUCAAUGCAAACACCUCAUAAUAACAUGACCUGGGCUAGAGGUAAGUAAGCCUUGUCCAAUCAAGAAUGACCUAUAGGGCAUGAGCCUAUCUCCUGUUUAUGUAGCGUGAGGCAGCUUGAUGUACAAGUACACCCCCUGGACAGGACGCUAGUCUGUCGCUGGCCCUUACCCCCAAUCCAAUGCUGAGUGCCAAGCAGAUUAUGUUAUACCUUGAUUAAUACUGUAGCAGCUCUGACCUGUGUGUGUGUGUGUGUGUGUGUGUGUGUGUGUGUGUGGUGUGUGUGUGUGUGUGUGUGUGUGUGUGUGUGUGUUUCUGUAGGCCAGAGAUUAGUGAAGAGCUGAGGACUCUGAUCCUAAGAAUGUUGGACAAGAACCCAGACACCAGGAUCACCAUACCUGAGAUCAAGGUGAGAGGAGGAGCUCCACCCUCAUCCCCCUGAGUUAGACCAAUGGUACUGUAGGAGGUUUUUUUACACAAUGGGACUCAUUAACAGGCGGUGCUGAACGUGUCAUGAGCAUAACUGAAAAUGUCCUCCCCAGUAGAUGGCCAGAUCAACAGCUGUCCCCAGUGAUAAAGAUCACACACACACAUUUUAGUCAUUUAGCAGACGCUCUUAUCCAGAGCGACUUACAGGAGCAAUUCACACACACACACACACACACACACACACACACCACACACACACACACACACACACCAACACACCACACACCACACAACCACACACCACACACCACACACAACACACAACACACAACACACAACACACAAACACACAACACACAAACAAACAACAACACCAACACACAACACACAACCACACCACAAACACACACACACACACACACCACACACACACACACACACAGAGUCUCAAAGAUCAGGGAAGGGAGUGGAAGUCCCCAGACUGAAUCCUCUCUCCCUAUAGGCUCUCUGUGACACAGAGUGAGAUCUAACUUCUCAUCUCAUCUGUAGUCAGCGGAUCCUCUCUCUCCAGGGACUGUGUGUGAGGGGGAGGGGGGGGGGGGGGGCGGGCUAAUCUGUGUGUGGGGGGGGGGGCUAAUUAGCUGCAGUGGUGUCAUCCCCCUACCCUGACACACACACACACAUCCCCCUGACACACACACACAUCCCCCUGACACACACACACACACAUCCCACUGACACACACACACACAUCCCCCUGACACACACACCCCACACAUCCCCCUGACACACACACACAAAUCCCCCUGACACAACACACACACAUCCCCCUGACACACACACACACACACAUCCCCCUGAAACACACCACACCACACACAUCCCCUGACACCACACACACACAUCCCCCUGACACACACCACAACAUCCCCCUGACACACACACACACACAUCCCCCUGACACACACACACACAUCCCCCUGACACACACACACACACAUCCCCCUGACACACACACACACAUCCCCCUGACACACACACACACAUCCCCUGACACACACACACACACACAUCCCCUGAACACACACACAACAUCCCCGACACACACAACACACAUCCCCUGACAACACACACACAACACAUCCCCUGACACACACACACACAUCCCCCUGACACACACACAAAAAACAAUCCCCCUGAACACACACACACACAUCCACCCUGACACACCACACACAUCCCCCUGACACACACACACACACAUCCCCCUGACACACACACACACAUCCCCUGACACACACACACACACAUCCCCCUGACCACACCACACACAAUCCCCCUGACAACACACACACACAUCCCCCUGGACACACACCACACAUCCCUGACACACACCACACACAUCCCCCUGACACACACACACACAUCCCCCUGACACACACACACAACACAUCCCCUGACCACACACACACACACUCCCCCUGACACACACACACACACACACAUCCCCCUGACACACACACACACAUCCCCCUGACACACACACACACACAUCUGACUCAAAAAAGACGCAACACAGUUAGGAUUAAAUUAUUUAUUUUUUAUUUGGAAAUAGUAUAUUGAUGAAUAAAUAAACAAUGUAUCAGUAAACGUACCAAUAACCUAACUGACAACAAUAACCUAACUGACACCAAUACCCUAACUGACACCAAUAACCUAACUGACACCAAUAACCUAACUGACGCCAAUAACCUAACUGACAUCAAUAACCUAACUGACACCAAUAACCUAACUGACACCAAUAACCUAACUGACACCAAUAACCUAACUGACACCAAUAACCUAACUGACGCCAAUAACCUAACUGACACCAAUAAAUAACUGACACCAAAAAACCUAAAUGCCCCCAAAAAAAACUAAAAUGACAUCAAUAAAAACCUUAAAAAAACCAACCCAAAAACCUAAACUGACACAAUAACCCCAACUUUACACCCAAAAACCCCAACUGACACCCCUAACCUAACGGGCGCCAAUAACCUAACUGACCCCAAUAACCUAACUGCACCCAAAAACCUAACGGACAUAAAAAACCUAAAAUGAAAACCCCAAUUUAAACUAAAAUUCAAAAACCUAAGAAACCAAAAACCAAAAGAGGCCCAAAAAACCCCAACUGACACCAAAAAAACCCCCAAAUGACCCCAAUAACCCAAUUUACACUGAAACCCAAAAUGACACCAAUAAACCCAAAUGAACCCAAAAACCUAAUGGAUACCUUUAGAGGGCCGGGGGGGAAACCCCCAAAUCUGACACCAAUAACCUAAAGUACAGUGAGGAAAAAAGUAUUGAUCCCUGCUGAUUUUGUCGUUUUCCCAGACAAAAAAAAUGAUCAGUCUAUAAUUUUAAUGGAGGUUUUUUUGAACAUUUGGGGACGAAUAAAAACAACAAAACCAAAAAAAAAGGGGCAUGUCAAAAAGUUAUAAAUUGAUUUGCAUUUUUAAAGAGGGGGAAAUUAAAAUUUUGACCCCCUUCAAUCAGAAAAGAUUUUUGGGGGUCCCAAAGGGGUUUUUUAUACAGGUAAAGAGCUGAGUUAGGAGGCCCCAUUUUUAAAGGGAGGGGUUUUCCCAAUUCAGCUUUUUUACCGGGAAAAAGGGCACCGGGCCACAGAAGCACAAUCAAUCAGAUUCCAAAAUCCCCCCACCAUGGCCAAGAACCCAAAAAGUCUCCAAGGGUUUUCAGGGACAAGUUUUAGACCUACCCCAAAAAGGGUGGAAUGGGGUACAAGACCAUGCCAAACAGUUGGGGGGAGAAGGGAAACCCGUUUGGGGCGAAAAUUCGCCCAAAAAAGGGGAAAAGAAAAACAAAAAACCCGUCAAUCUCCCUCGGGGCCCGGGGUUUCCCUGCAAGAUCUCACCUCGUGGGGUUUCAAUGAAACAUGAGAACGGGGGAAAAAAUCAGCCCAAAAAAAGGGGGGGAUUUGUAAUGAUUCAAGGCGCUGGUGGGGGCCCCUAUCACCAAGAAAAAAAAUUUGGGGGAAAAAUACCCGUGGAAAGGGCUGAAAACCUGCAAACGCCCCCCAAGGUCCCCCUGCUCAGGAAAAAAAGCACUUACAGGGCCCGUCUGAAAAUUUUCCCAAAAAACCCUCUGAAUGAUUCAGAGGGAACUGGGGGGGGGGAAAGGUUGGGUUCUGGUUUAAUGAGACCCAAAUGAGCUCUUGGCAUAACUAACUCGCCGUGUUUGGAGGGAGGAGGAAUGCUGCCUAGACCCCAAGAAAAAACCCUCCCACCCUCAAAAUGGAGGGGGAAAAAUUAUGCUUUGGGGGUUUUUUUUUUUGCUUAAAGGGGGCAGGAAAAAUUUACCGCAUCAAAAAGGCGAUGGAAAGGGGCCAUUUUACAGGAAAAUUUUGGGGGGGAAACCCCCUUUCCUCAAAAAAAAGGGCAUUUAAAAAGGGGGCCCCUGGAUGGGUUUUUUCCAGCUGGGGGGGGGGCAAUGGGCCCAAAACACAGGGCCCAAAGGGAACAAAAAAAGUGGCUCAAGAAAAAGCAAAUUAAGGCCCGGGUGGCUUAGCCAGUCUUUCCGACCCAAUCCCCUAAAAAAAAUCUGGGGGAGGGGGGGCUUUUAAGGUUCGAGUUUCCAAAAUGGGCAGCCUCGAAACCUUAAUGGGCUUGGAGAAGAAAUGGGAAAAGGAGUGGAAAAACAAAAUCCCCCCUGAGAUGUGUGCAAACCCGGUGGCCCAAAAUAAAAAAAAGUCGGGCCUCUGUGUUGCCAACCCAAGGGUUUUUCCCCCAAGUUUCUAAGUCAUUUUUUUGCAAGGGGGGGUCAAAUACUUUUUUCCCCCAUUUAAAAGGGAAAUGAUUUAUAACCUUUUUUUCAUAGUUUUUUUUUUGGAUUUUUUGUUUUUGUUCUUUGUCUCUCACUGUUCAAAAUAAAAAACCCCCCGUUAAAAAAUUAAAAGGGCUGAUCAGUCUUUUUUAGGGGCCCAAAUUACCCAAAUCAGAAGGGGGUCCAAAAAACUUUUUUCCCCCAUGUAUACCCAAAAGACAGGGGGGAAGCCCAUCUCCCAAAGUUCUUUUACCCAGCAAAAAAAUAACCCACCCCACUAAAUGGCCCCCCUCUGUUAGCCCCCCGGGUAUGUUUGAAACCAUAGAAAAAACGGACAUUUUAUUGCCCAUAUUCAUUUUGAAAAGAAGAGACAGUCACGGGGAAUGCAUUUUCAAGCCUACUCCCUUUUUAUUCUUCCCUGAAAUUUAUUGGGUAUUAAAAACUUUCAAAAAGGGGCCCUUUCUUUCAUUUAAACAAAAAUUUAAAAAGAAUUGGGUUUAAAAUAAAGUGUUUGCCCUUUUUGAAAUGGCAAAACCCCGACCCACUUUAGAGAAAAACCUGACAGCCAGACCCUUUAUUAGGGGAAACCCCGACAUCUGGUUCAUCCCCUGACACAGUGACCCCACCAGGGACAUCCCCAUCUCAAAAUUUAAAAAAAAACCCCUUUUCCCCCAAACCCCCAAGAAGAAACCCAAAAAAGGGGGAAAAUUUUAAAAGGUUUGAAAAAAGGAUUUUAAAGAAAAUUUUCCCCGGAAAUUUUUUUUUUGAAAAUUUUUUUUCCCCCCCCAACAAAGAGAGGAAGCGGAAAAAAAGGGAAAGAAAAGAAGGAAAAAAAAAAAAAAAAGAAGGAAGAGAAAACAAAAGGGAGGGGAACCAAGAGGAGGAGAAAAACAAGGGGGGAAGGAAGGAACCCAAAAAACCCGGGCGAAGGCCUUUAAAAAGGAAUCCCCCCGGGGGGUUUUAUGGGAAGGGGCCUUGUGCGCCGCCCCUUUUGGGUUCUCCUUGCGGCCCAAAAAGACCUUUUAUUUUUUUGAAACCCGGCCACCAGGCCCCCUUCUUUAAUUAUUAAAACUAAUAAUAAUUUGUUAAGGGGGGGCAACCCCCAAAAUUUAAAAACAAUUAAACCAAAGGGCAAAAAAACCCCCCAUUUCCCCCCAAAAAAUAAAAAGGGGAAAAAGGCGGGGGGGCGGGGCAGGAAAAAGGGCCCAAGGGGGAAGGGGCAAGGAGGGGGAAAAAAGGGGGGGCCCCCAAAGGAAGGGAAAAAAAGGGCCCCAAAAAGGGGUUUUGAAAAAAGGGAAAAAAAAUUUUAAAAAGGGGGGGGAAAAAAAAAGGGGGAAAAAAAAAAAUCUUUGGGGAAUUUUGGGUUUUGGGGGUUGGGGGGCCUUUUCCCCCAGGGGGUUUUGGCGGGCAAGUAGUGGGGGUUUGGGUUCCCUUUGGGGUUAUUUCAAAGGGGGGGGGGGUUCAGCCCUUUUUUGGGUUUUUUUGGGGUAAAAUUUGGGGGGGUUUUUGGUUUUUUUUUUGGUUAAAUUUUGGGUUUUCAGUGGCUGGGUUUGGGUUUUUUGUGGUUGGUUUUCACCCUUUUUUUCUAAAAGGGAAACCGGGGGUUUUCCCGUGUCUUUCCCCUUUUUCAAUGGCCAAAAACUUUUUGCCACUGAGGGUAAGGGGUUUUUUAAAAGGGGGUUUUUUAAGGUUUUUAUAAAUUAACCCUGGGCAAAUAGUUAAAAACCCAAGGGGGGGUUUUUUUGUACUAUGAUUUAAAGGGGCCCGAUAGCAUGCAUUUUACUUGUGCUUGUGCUUUUUGUUUCCCAAAAAAAGGGAUGGGAUUUUUGUGGUUUUUUCCCGGGGCCAAAGUAAUGAAACAGGCGGGAGCAGGGUUUCGAAACCAUCAACCUUUUGGCCCCCAAGUCCCGCGGGAAAACGACUGUGCCAACGUUUCUUUUAAACCCAGGGUCGUUACACAACUCCCCCUUUCCAAAUGCGCCCGGUUUCCCCGCGGCCCAGGCCAAAAAAUCAAAAGUUUUACCCGGAACGCCCCCCCACCCGCCAAGACACGCAGUUUUUUGGGGUGCAAGGACCCAUUUUUUUUUGACACCAAAGGAAAAAGGGGGGGGAAAAAGGGGGGGGAAAAAACCCAAGAGGGGGAAAAGGGGAGGGGGGGCAAAAAAACAAAAAAGGGCGGAAAAAAAAAGAGCGGAGGAACCAAAAAAAAGGAGAAAGGGAGCGCGCGAAAAACCAGAGCGGCGGGGAGAGAGAGGGGGGAAAAAAGAGGGAGGAAAAAGAGAGGGAGAGCGGGAAAAGCGAAAAAAGAGAGAGGGGAAAAGGGGAGGGAAGAGCCAAAUCUUCGUCCGCUUCUCCCCUCUCCUCAUCGCUUCUCUCUCUUUUUUCUUUCUUCCCCUUUUCUCUCCUUUUUUCCUCCUCCCCCUUGUCCUUUUUCUUUCUCUCCCUCUCCUUUUAAAUUGACAUAGGGCAAGGAAAUUUUGCCUUAAAAAAAAGACUGUUUACAAACACCAGGCCCUUUCUACAUUUGUCCAAAAAAUUCUUUAGAUUCUGAUUCCCCAUCUCUCUUCUCUGGGUGCUGUGUGUAUUUUUGGGUGCUGUGUGUAUUGGGGUGUGGAAUUGAGUGCUGUGUAUUUAUUGUUGUGUCUCUGUGUAUUUUCCUCCUGUUCCAUCAUUACAGUUAGCCUCAUAAGGCUGCCUUUUCGUCCUCUCUAGUAAUGGUUAGGGAAGGAUCUUCCUCCUGCAUCUGUACAUCUCUCAAGUUGCAUGUAGCUUAGUGGGUAAGAGCGUUGUGCCAGUAACCGAAAGGUCGCUGGUUCUAAUCCCCGAGCCGACUAGGUGAAAAAUCUGUCGAUGUGCCCUUGAGCAAGGCACUUAACCCUAAUUGCUAAUGUAAGUCGCCCUGGAUAAGAGCGUCUGCUAAAUGACUAAAGUGUAAAUGUAAGUGAGGGAUUGUGUAGUAGUGCCGAGGCCCAUACCACUGUGACAUUCUGGUUGUGUGUCUCAGUUGGACCCGUGGGUGACCCAGUCUGGUCGUGACCCCCUACCACUGGAGGAGGAGCACUGUACCGUGGUGGAGGUCACUGAGGAGGAGGUGCAGAACUCGGUCAAGUUUGUCCCCAGCCUUUCCGCCGUGGUAAGGAGCCUGAAGUGUGUGUGUUACUGUGUGUGUGUUACUGUGUGUGUGUUACUGUGUGUGUGUUACUGUGUGUGUGUGUGUGUGUGUGUGUGUGUGUGUGUGUGUGUGUGUGUGUGUGUGUGUGUGCGUGCGUGCGUGCCUGCCUGCCUGAACAAAUGCAAGUGCAUUAGGUGAGUGAGUGCAUGUGUAUCAUCUGAUUCUAAGACCUGUGUGUGUGUGUGUGUAUUCAGAUCCUGGUGAAGGCCAUGCUGCGGAAGAAGUCCUUUAGUAACCCCUUUGAGUGUCCCAGAAGUAGAGAGGAGAGGUCCAUGUCUGCACCUGGCAACCUGUUAAUGUGA